CUCGCGAACUAUUGACAUUGGUGCUGACAUUGGGGCACAUUGCUCCUAGGUUAUAAUGUAUCGUCCUCCUCAAAUUGCCCGCAUUUUCCUUCGGUGUAGUCAGUCCAACAGACAUGUGGUCAGAUGCAUCAGUACCCGAGGAAGCAAGCUUCAAACCUGGCACAGGAUAAGAAAAGUCACUGAUGAAGUGAGCACAAGACAUCAGCAGUUGUUUCGUCAGAAGCCAGUAUGUUCUCUACAGCGGUAUUACAGUGCAGAUCUGCCAACACAUUACAAGAUAGCACUUCCGGCCCUUUCUCCCACAAUGGAGGCUGGUACCAUUGUAAACUGGCAGAAGUCAGAAGGUGAUCGUGUGGUGGAGGGUGACCUUCUGGCAGAGAUUGAGACAGAUAAAGCCACUAUGGGGUUUGAAUCUGUUGAGGAGGGUUACCUUGCAAGAAUCUUCAUUCCUGCUGGAACAAAGGACAUUCCCGUGGGCAAAUUGCUGUGUAUUAUUGUGGAGGAAGAAGCAGAUAUUGCUGCUUUCGCUGAUUAUGUAGAGACUGCGGAAGACAAACCACCAUCUACAGAAGCAGCUGCCCCUCCCCCUGCCCCAACUCCAACACCAGCAGCGCCUCCUCCACCACCAGCAGCAGCCCCUGUCAUAGCUCCUCCUACUCCAGCCCCUAUGGCUGCCCCUACUCCUGCUGUUGUAGCUGCCCCUGGGGGUAAGGUGCAAGCCUCACCUCUAGCCAGGGAACUUGCAAGACAGAAAGGCAUUGACCUUACACAAGUAAAGGGAUCUGGGGCUGAUGGUGAAGUUCGUGCAGAUGAUGUUAGGAACUUUGUCCCUGGAGGAGCAGUUGUGGCCCCCACAGCUCUAACAGCUGUUCCUGGUGCAGCUUACAUUGACAUCCCUCUUUCUGCCAUGAGACAGACCAUAGCCAAACGAUUAUUGCAGUCCAAGCAGACGAUUCCGCACUAUUAUCUUACUGUAGAUCUGAAUGUUGACAGUGUUUUAAGAUUAAGACGAGAUUUGAAUGAAGUUUUGGCAAAAGACAACAUAAAACUAUCUGUUAAUGACUUCAUCAUCAAGGCUUCUGCACUGUCAUGUCGCAAGGUUCCUGAGGCGAACUCCUCCUGGAUGGAUAACCACAUUCGACAGUACAACGCUGUAGAUGUGAAUGUAGCAGUAGCUACACCAAAUGGUCUGAUAACACCAAUUGUCUUCAGAGCAGACAUUAAGGGUUUGUCAGACAUCACUCAGGACGUCUCCAGGCUAGCAUCAAAGGCCAGAGAAGGCAAGCUUCAACCACAGGAGUUCCAGGGAGGAACAUUUACUAUCUCCAACCUUGGCAUGUAUGGGAUAAAGUCAUUCUCUGCUGUUAUUAACCCUCCACAAGCAUGUAUUCUGGCAGUGGGUGGAGCAGAAAAGAGACUGGUCGUAGAUGAGGACAGCAAUCAAGGGUAUGCCCAGGCUAACAUGAUGUCAGUGACUCUAAGCUGUGACCAUCGUGUUGUAGACGGAGCUGUUGGUGCCCAGUGGCUGGCAGAAUUCAAGAAGUUCAUGGAGCGACCUGAAACUAUGCUCUUAUAAAGUAGAGUAUAGGCUAAAAAAUUAUGGAGUGGGAAAUCUUCAAAGUGCUAGAGAAAUAAGUGCAAUGAUAGGACAUGGAUAUUAAUCAAGGGACACUGGCGGCAUGUGUAUUGUUGGUUGUUCUACUCUGUAGCAUUAGAAGGAAAUCUCUAGCUCUGAGUGAACAAAUAUUAGUUGUGUGACGAUGUCAUGCACAUUAUAGUGUGCAGGACUUGAUGCCAUUUCUACAAGGCGUAAGUGGCUUACAGAAUAAAAUAUUUUAUAUUAUUGAUAGGACAGGGCUCUGUCGUUUGUGAUGUCCACUUGAUCCUGUUGUGAUCUAAAUUUACUCGAUAACGGGCAUUUCUGACAACAUCAAGAUAAACCACCUCUCAUGAAGGAAAUUACGUGGUUUUCGAAGACUGUUUCUGAUUUUGAUUAUCACACCAUCCAGGAUGUUUCCGAUCAGGAACAAUACUCAACAGAAAUCUUGGAAAGGGUAGGGGAGUUAGGGGACGGUAUUAACAAAAUUUCAACUUUGUAUUAACAGUGUAAGAAUAGAUCUAGUGAAACCAUUUUAGAUUGAAAAAAUUUAAUGUAAUUGUAGCUCCUCAAGUCAUUGAAAAUUAGUGUGGCUUACUUUCUGGAUUUACCCAUUAAAGGAAUGUAUGGAUUAAACCAUUUACUGUAAAUGUACUUAAUUUAGCUCAAAUCUUAGCACAUUUUUGACAAAUUAGCAUGAUGUUAAAUUUGCGUAUCAACAAUAGCAUAUUGUUUAUGUCUUAUUUUCAGUGCUAAAAGAUUAUUGCUAAAAUAUGAACAUUUACCAUAUACUGUAGCCAGCUGCUGGUUAUAUGAAGGCUAUACAUGUAUUUUAAUGCCUGUUUGACCAAACAUUGUUACUACAAAGGUGUGAGACAUUUUUGUGUUCAGCUGCCAACUUUUAAUCCAGGGAAAAUGAAGAUGAUAGUAUUACCAUCUUCAACUGCUGAUGGCAGACAGUACCUUUGUGAUAGCUGUCCUAAAAAUGUCAGUUAUUUAUGUUACUUACCUGAAACCAAAUUUGUACCGGGCGUUAGUGGAGAUCUUUUAUGUUCAAUAUUAAGAUAUUGAGGGUGGAUAGUCAGUACUGCGAUGGUAAAUACAAACAUUUAUAAAAUGACAUUGUUAAUGUUUCGUUUUAACCCUUUCUUUUAUGUGUAAAUAAUUUAUUCAAAUUAAAUGUUGUCAACAUCA